AUGGCAGGCAAGAAUGGGGAAGUUUUAAAUGGAGGAGCAGAAGAGGGACCUCCUGGAAUUAUUAACAAGAUAUUUCCCAAGAUGAUCAGUCCGAGCACAGCCAAGGACUGGUUCGACAGACGUCGGGCUCACAUCCGCCCAUGGAACAACUUUGUCGACCAGAGACGCUUCUCCCGGCCGCAGAACUUUGGUGAGCUGUGUAAGCGGGUGACGCGGAAUGUGGAACACUUCCAGAGCAAUUACAUCUUCAUUUUCCUGGGCCUCAUCCUUUACUGCAUCAUCACCAGCCCAAUGCUGCUUAUUGCCCUGGCUGUUUUCUUUGGAGCCUGUUACAUUGUUUACCUGAAAACCCUCCAGUCCAAAAUGGUUCUGUUUGGUCGGGAAUUGAGUAUGGCCAAUCAGUAUGGCUUGGCUGGGGCUGUCUCUUUCCCCUUCUUCUGGCUCGCUGGUGCCGGAGCUGCGGUUUUCUGGGUGCUGGGUGCCACACUUGUCAUCAUCGGAUCUCAUGCAUCUUUCCAUGAGAUUGAGGGGGACUUUGAGGAGCUGCAGAUGGAACCAGUCUAA